AUGGUUACCCUACGGAUGGCCGCUCGUAGACGCGGUUUGCAUGCCAAGAGAAAUUGGCACGUGAGCGUUUUCUUAUUUCUUGGACUCACCUUCCUCGUAGCUCUCUUCGCGCUGUUGAGCUUGAUUACGGGAAAGGGCAGCGACAAUAGCGACCUGCCUAAGAGCACGACAGGACUCUGCGACACUCCAUUGAUGUACGACAUUCUGCUUGACGCUGGUAGUACAGGAACCAGAGUGCACAUUUUUGAGUACAAUAAGUGGCGUCUCGUGGGGGAGGUGUACAACAGCACCCAUCCAGGCCUUUCACAGCUCGCUAGUGAUGACUCCGCUAACAUAUCUGCAAACCUUCAGCCGCUAAUGGCAACGGCAGUACGUGCAAUCCCUGAAGUUUAUCAUCCGUGUACAAAAGUGACGCUAAAGGCAACGGCCGGCUUACGUCUUCUUCCUCCUGAAAAAGUCGAAUUCAUCCUCCGCGAGACGAAGAAGGUGCUGCGGCGAUAUCCGUUCGUGGUGGGUUCAGUUUCCGUCAUGGAUGGUGAUGAAGAGGGCAUGGACGCGUGGCUUACGGUGGCGUACCUACUCGGGCGUUUCGAUAGGUCAGCGGAGGGGACCCCAAAUUCUACGGCAAAACGAAUUGCAACCAUUGAUAUGGGUGGCGCCUCUACACAGCUUGUGCUUCAAAUGUCGCCAGGUUACACCGGCGAAACACAGUUCAUAACCUCCCUGCAUUUUGGUGUUACGGAGAUUCCGUUAUACACUUACAGUUUUCUGGGGUUGGGUCUUAGACAGGCCACACUCGAGGUGCUGAGAGAAUUGACAGCGGUCGAGCGGACGUCAUUCCCAUGUUUUCCAUCACGGUACCGGCAUCGUAUUGAUGGUGAGGGAGGGGUUAGUUUUGUAGAAAAUAUUGAUGGCAACGCGCAGGGAUUUGGCGCAUGCCUCCGCUUUUUCCAUCGUUUUAUAAAUACACGCUCUUCGGAACACUUGGCGGCUCUCCGGGGCGGCCGACACGUAUUGAAAUUUGCUGAAGGAGCUCAAUCGGUUGAGAUAUUCGCCUUUUCCUUCUUCCAUCGCUUAUGGCGACUUCGACCAGCAGACAAUGUAACCGUUCAGUACUAUAAGGAAUUGGGCGAACAAGUGUGUUCCGCAGGUGGGAAGCACAACAGCGGGACGAACUGCAUGGACGUUGCCUAUUUAUAUGGUUUCCUCACGUCAGGGCUUGGUUUGUCUGACAAAACGAAACUGAACGUCCCCUACGUUCUGAGCGACGUGAAGGUUACGUGGGCUCUGGGCGCGUCUCUGCUAUCAGUGGAGGGGAAGGUGCGGCGUUAG